UCGUAAUUCAUGGCUCCCUUAGAUCUACCUUCAUCGCGUUGCGCUGCUGUCGUCGUCUCUUUCGUCUUUCUUUUCCUGUAUUUCUCUCUUUUCUUCGAAAACGGCGAAGUCGAGGCUAAUCAACGAGUUUUCUUGUACCCACAAUCUCCAAAGGUGAAUUCUAUUGUGAGCAAGCAAUAUAGAACUGCAUACCACUUCCAACCCCCUAAGAAUUGGAUUAAUGACCCAAAUGGACCAAUGUACUACAAAGGAAUCUACCACCUCUUCUACCAAUACAACCCUAAUGGAUCCCUGUGGGGCGACAUAAUCUGGGGCCACUCCGUCUCGACCGACCUAAUCAACUGGAUCCGACUCGAACCCGCAUUGGACCGGACCACCCCCUCCGACAAUAACGGGUGCUGGUCCGGUUCAGCCACCAUACUAGCACCCGACAGUCCUGUGAUCCUCUACACCGGUAGCGACUCCAGUAACCGCCAGGUGCAAAAUAUCGCAUUCCCUGUGAACCUAACUGACCCGUAUCUUACGAAAUGGACCAAACCGGCAUACAACCCAUUAAUCGAGCCGGUUGGUGACUUGAACUCGAGCGAGUUUAGGGACCCAACAACUGGUUGGGUCGGGAAGGACAAUUUGUGGCGAAUAGCUAUUGGGGCUGAAUUGCAAGGAAAGGGUGCGGCAAUCCUUUACAAAAGUAAAGAUUUUGUUCAUUGGGUUAGGGCUAAAGAUCCAUUACACUCUUCUAGUGCCUCUGGAAUGUGGGAAUGCCCGGAUUUUUAUCCGGCGGUGGCGGAGGGAGACGGCAGUGAGACUAAGUAUGUGUUAAAGAUGAGCCUGACAGAGACUGGGAUGGAUUAUUACAUGCUAGGAAAGUAUGAGGAGGAUAGAGAUGCUUUUGUGCCAGACAAUGUGGUGGACGAUUAUCGGUUGUGGGCAAGGAUCGAUUUUGGGAAGUUUUAUGCGUCAAAGUCAUUCUUCGAUCCGCAGAAGCACCGGAGGGUUUUAUACGGGUGGUCAAGCGAGUCCGAUAGCGCAUCCGACGAUGUUGCAAAGGGAUGGGCCGGCAUUCAUACAAUUCCGAGGACUAUUUGGUUGGAUAACAGUGGGAAGCAGCUUCUGCAAUGGCCCAUUGAAGAGGUUGAAUCUCUUAGAAAAGAUGAAGUCCAUUUACAAGACAUAGAUCUUAACACAGGAGCUGUGUUUGAGGUGAAAGAACUUAAAGAGGCUUCACAAGCAGAUGUGGAAGCAGAGUUUGAGCUAUACAACCUAGAGAGAGCUGAGCCGUUGGAUCCCAAUUGGCUUCUUGAUCCCCAGAAGCUUUGUGAGGAACAAAGUGCUUCUGCUCCUGGUGGGGUUGGGCCUUUUGGGCUUCUGCUUUUGGCUUCUGAUGACUUGGUGGAGCACACUGCUGUAUAUUUCAAAGUUUAUAGGUCUCAAAAUAGUUACAUGGUUCUGAUGUGCUCAGAUCAAAGGAGGUCUUCUUCAAGGCCAGGACUGUACAAACCAGCGUAUGGAGGCUUCUUAGAUGUAGAUCUUCAGAAAGAAAGAAAGAUAUCUCUUAGAACUUUGAUUGAUCACUCAGUGAUAGAGAGCUUUGGUGGAGGUGGGAGAGGAUGCAUCACAGCUAGGGUUUACCCUGAGGCCCUCUGUACAGGCAGCACUUACCUACAUGCAUUCAAUAAUGGCUCUACUACUGUCAAGAUUUCGACACUGAAAGCAUGGAAAAUGAGAAGGGCUAAAAUUAAUGAAAAUAUUUCCAUCAGGAGCUAAAUUGAUCUAAUAAUAGUCCGUCCUCUUUUUUUUAGGGCUAAAUUUUAGAGGUUUAUGAAAAAUGAUUUAGUACCAUCGUAAACAAAGAAAUCUAGAGAAAGGAGGCUCCCAAGUUUUCGUAUCCAUUACUUUAUAACUUGAUCCACUUCACAAUUAGUUUCCUUUUCUGAAAUUAUUUCUUGUCCUGCUUUUGUUUCUA